AUGCAACGGAAUGCGUACACCUUUGCGCAGAAGACGCUCCCUGUGUCGCGGGAAGAGUUUGCUCAUUCUUUUAUGCGAUGUGUGCCACCGUCCGGAUGGUGUAGAACCAUAGGUAACUCCGUCGCCAACUCUGGGGGCCCAGAUUCAACAGCUCUAGUGUUCCUGCUCAAGCGAUAUGUCGAUGACCUCGCGAAACAAAAUGGAGAAAAGUCAGGCGCUGCGUAUCCUAUGCGCAUCGUCUCGAUAUCUGUCGACCACGGUCUGCAAGAAUGCUCUACGAGCAUGGCAGGGCUAUGUGCUCAGCGUGCGGUAGCGAUGGGUGUUGGGCAUUAUGGAAUGUCCAUCCCUUGGAACCUGGAAAAGUAUCCUGACCUGCCAAAGAUUGGUGUCGAGGGAGUUGCUAGAUUGGCGCGUUAUGAGUUGCUGCACAGAGGAAUGGAACGGUCGGGGUCUGAUAUCAUUGCUUUUGGUCAUCACAUGGAUGACCAGGUCGAAACGUCUUUGAUGCGUCUUGCAAAAGGGUCAAAAGCAUAUGGUGCCGCGGGGAUGAAGCCUUUUCGAAGAUGGGGUAUGGGUGUUAGCGAGAAAUUGGGCCACAUUGGCUGGACAGGUCUCGCUGGGAUGCAUAAAUGGAUUGUUCGGCCUCUGCUUGACAUACCGAAGGAUAGGUUGUUGGCUACCUGCGAAUCCAACCAACUUGAAUACGUGAUCGACCCGACAAAUUUCCAGCCAUCAUUGACCUUGCGUAAUGCCGUUCGCGGAUUCUUGGCUUCUGGUGAAACAGACGUGAAGGUAUAUGCCAAGGGUGCAAAUCUUCCGGGUGAACAUGUGGCUGAAUUGGAAAAAGUCGGCGAGGAGCUCUCAAAAACGGCUAUGAUAAACACCAGUUCUAUAGGGCCCGAGCAGCUGCGCGCGUCCGUGAAAUCUCUCGGAAUUAUGGUUCGUAAUAUGGACCUUGAAGUGGAAGGUGUGCUCAGCGAAAUGAAACAACCCUCACCUAUCGGCACGUUUGCUAUCACCGAGCACAAUUAUCAACGUAUCCCGCCAAGGUUACAGCUUUAUGUCGUUUUGCGGAUUUUGCGGUAUGUGUCCCCUCAUCCCUGGGGGUCUCUGCGUUCCACAAGUAUGCGUCGAAUGCGGACUCUGGAGCUCAUUCUGGCCAAGCUGAAAUCGGAUCCGUAUGUCACGCGAAACUUCGUUGCUGGUUCAGGCGUCAAGUGGACGUCGGUUAUCUUCAGCCCCCAUGGAAUCAAGGAACUACCAAAGAUGUCGAAGCGGGAACCAGGACAACUCGUUGGAUGGACGGCUUCCCGACAACCUCCGACACAGAAAGAGCUGGAUUUCAUCGAACCAAACCCUCUAUAUUAUGAUGUCACAGCCUCAUUGCAGAAAGCGUUUAACUCUGGGGAUCCUUCGUGGACUCUCUUGUAUGACUGUCGUUUUGCCGUCCGGUUUGAUAUCACCACCAUGCCAUCCUCGAUUAUUGAGCCGCUCAGAUUUCCAGAUACCCAGAUAGUGGUCGUUCCCACACCUCUGUUUCAUCCUCGAGUAGUAUUCAAGAGGGCGGACGCUGAUGAAGAGGUUCUUCAUAGCUUGGUCACGCUUGACGAAAGGACUAAGCUUCCUGGACACGAGCAUCCCGUACCGCCUCCAACUGCCAUAGUGUCGUCUUGGAUUUCAAUACAAUGGAUACGGCCUUUCACCGGAUAACAUGGGGCACCGGCAUUGCAUAAAUUGUCCGUCAGUCCUCGUUCGAAUAACUGAUUACUGUCUGAUCUGGUAAUAAAGUAACUGUAACAUAUCUGGGGAAUGCAACUUGUAGUGUCGAUGGUGCCACAGAGACUGAUGUCAGCGGAACGGAAAACCUGACGGGAAUAUUGUCACCUCACCUGUCCAAAUG